AUGGGCCACCUCCGUCGAUUCUCUGAAUCUUCCGUCCGCGACAAGUACGAAUCCUAUCCGGCCAACUGCUAUCGUCUAUGGGUAACGAAGCAUCCCAGCGGCGCUCGUCCGGCCCGCAUGACCCGCAGGUCCUUCGAUUUCCCAUUGCGGGCAGGGACAGGCGGAUUGAAGAGUGUGCCCAUGGGCUCCUUCCUGAGCCCGACCGUGGAAGAGGAGGAGAUGAGCGGGUCCGGAGACGAACCCGGCCUGGCGGACGACAAGAAGGGCGAUAAAUUGCACGCUCCAGAGUGCCGGACACGGUUCCAUCGACAUCAGGGCCCGCUCCGGAGGGAACAAGUCCUGGCGCCAUCAUGCGAGCCCGGCAAUCCUCAUCCCCGAGGAACUGCCGGCUUGAAAAUCCUCAUCAAGAGACUCUCGCUCUCCCUCCUCAAAACGCGCUCUUUUGUCCGCACUCGUUCCCAACCUGAACUCUUCAUGGUGCACUCUUUCGACCAUCCAGCAGGUCCAUCUAGAGUCGACCGUCAAGCGUUAGUCUUCGGAGACGAGAACCCAGAAAAGAUCGACGAAAGAUCCGCCGAAUUUUACAAAACUUUCUUCCCCUCCUUGGUGCUUGGAUAA